AUGCAUCCGCUGUAUGACUGUGUACAUGUGAAAGUGUAAUUUUUCUGCCAUGUCGACAUCUGGAACGCUGACUAGUUACUACGUCGAUUCCCUCAUUCUCCCCGAGAGCGAGGAGCUCUCUGUGCCGAGGUACACCUCCGGUCCUGGGCUCCAGCACGCCAGGCAGCAUGCCUCCAUCAGCGACCACAGCGAGGUCGGGACUUGCACCUUCCCAUCCAAGCCCCAGGUAUUCGGGCCGUCUUGGAGCCACGUCCCGGCUCAGUUUCCAGCUACCGUCUCCUCUGUGUAUCAUCCCCACUACGGGCAUCCCCAAGGCCCAGUAAGUGGAGAUACAGAUGGCCGGUAUCAAUCCUGGCUUCUGGAGCCCAUGUCCGGUUCCCUGCCGUUGACCGGAUUACCGACGACCCAUCACUACGGGAUCAAACCGGAGGGACUGGGGGCGCGGGCUGAAGGAGGGCUGCCCGGAUCCCACACGGCUCUGCUGCUCUCUGAUUACGCCAAUGGCACCGUGGCGUCAGCAUCACCGGUGGAAAAGGACGAACUCUCCGUCCAGGCAGGGGAUUUGAGCGGCGAGGGGGAAGAGAAACCGGGCCUGGAUCCAAAUAACCCAGUGUCCAACUGGCUCCACGCGAGUGCCACAAGAAAAAAGCGCUGUCCGUACACCAAGCACCAGAUCCUGGAGCUGGAGAAAGAGUUCCUCUUUAACACCUACCUGACCAGGGACCGUAGGUACGAGGUGGCGAGGCUGCUAAACCUCACCGAAAGACAGGUUAAAAUUUGGUUUCAGAACCGCAGGAUGAAGAUGAAGAAGUUCAAUAAAGAAGGCGCACCGAAAGACGAGUGA